UGAGAAAAGUGGAAGGAGAGGGGGGUGCGUCACUUGUGGGAUAGUUCACCUCUGGGAACAGGGUGGGGGCGGGGGGAUCCACUGUAAAGGGCAAUAAUCUUAAUCUAAACAAAUAAGUGGGUUAAUAUUCAUUUCACUCAUAAUAUUAUCAAUAAAGGCCUAUAAUUCCUGUACGUUUUUGUUUGAAUUGUUUGAAAUGGCAAAUAAAAACAGGUAAUACUAAUGAUUAUGUGAUCACCAAGGUGAAUUGGUUUAGUCUUGACUUCUGAUGGUGAGUGACAGUGGUGGGGGAUGGGUAAUCUGUUGAUUGACGAAUGUCAAAUAAACACGGAGAUGGACAGAAAAAGGUCAAAGCCAUCAGGUGCCCAAUUCAGGAAAAAAAGAAAAGAAGAGGAGGAGAAACGAGCAAAAGAUAAAGGUAUGCAGUUCUGUGUAUAUGCUAUCCAUGUCAUGAAUGAAGAGCUAAUGUUAAUUAGUCGUAAAUAGUACAACUGUUACAUGAGUUAGCCUUCUUGCUAUGAUGCUUGCUAUGCUAACAGUAAUUCGGUCACAAGUUCAGUUAUUAUGUAUUUCCAUUAUUUUGGUUAUGUGGCACUGUAAUUAGCCUAAUAUGUAAAUAGUUUCAGAGAGGAACAUAACGUUUGCCAUUGCCACUCUGUCCCAUGACAAAGCAUAGUUUAAACAUUCAUAAUUAAAAGUAUGCAAAACGUAGAAUUCAAGGGAGUGAGAUGGGAGCUAAUUGUUCUUCUGACAUUUAGCAUAUAAUGACAUGUUUACUUACAUUACCAAUUCAUGGAUGUUUUAUAUCAUAGUUAUAGCCUAUGGUGUUUUUAUAUAAAUUUCAUUUGUAACUAAACUGCAAUUUCAGGGGCACUUCUAAAAUAUUUUGGAGCAUCCUCUGGCACUGGUCAGGAUGAGCCACCCACCUCCCCUGCUAGACAGGACGCUGCUGGAAUGAGCUCAGAGCCUCAGGAUGACGAGCUACCAUCUACCUCAUUAGAUACACAGUCCUCUCCUAGAAUGGUCUCGACCCUUCAGGAUGAGCUACCAUCUAUGUCCUCAGCUACUCAUAUGACUCCACAAAUAUCUGAUAUUGGGGAAGAUCCCUUUACCUCUACUUCUACCCAGCAUGAUGAGCCUUCAGAAAUGCCUGGAGCUGAACCCCAACUCAACCCCACUGAUGAGAAUGAACCUCUGUCAACCGACCCUGCUACCUGGCCCUUACCUCUGACUGACAAGAUUCGGACAGAGCUGGUUCGCAGAGGACCAAGUAAGCUGCCAUGUGACUUUGUUUUCAAUAGGAAGGAGAGUGAUGGGAGAAGUUGCCACCACCAAUAUUUUAUGAAGACCUUGGUUAGUGGUGAAAAGAUUGUGAGAAGUUGGCUCAUAUAUUCCAUUAAGAACAACAGCCUCUUUUGCUUCUGCUGCAAACUGUUUUCCAAGAGGAACAUUAACUUAACAAGUUCAGGAAUUACAAAUUGGAAACAUGCAAGUGCUUACCUCACAUCACAUGAAAACAGUCCAGAACACCUCAAUUGCAUGAAAGCAUGGAAGGAACUGUCAGUGAGGUUAAGAAGGGGAGAAUCUAUUGAUAAGCAGGAGAUGGCACUUCUGGAGGCGGAGAGGAUGAGAUGGAGAGCAGUGCUGACACGUCUCGCUGCUAUUGUGCAGUCACUGGCAGUUAGAAAUAUGGCUCUAAGGGGACACACAGAAAAACUGUUCACACCAUCAAAUGGGAAUUUUCUCAAAGAGGUUGAACUUAUGGCCAGGUUUGAUCCCAUUAUGAAAGAUCACCUUAACCGUGUUCAAAGUGGAACAGCAAGUCACAACAGCUAUCUAGGCCAUCACGUCCAGAAUGAGCUGAUUGAUUUGAUGAGCAGAAAAAUCAUAUCUGUUAUAGUGGACGACAUUAAGCAGGCAAAGUAUUUUUCAAUAAUUCUGGACUGCACCCCUGAUAUAAGCCACACAGAGCAGCUGUCAGUGGUCAUUAGAGUGGUGUCACUGAUAGAGAAGCCCCUUAUCAGGGAACACUUUAUGGGAUUUUUGGAGGCAGAGGAGUCCACAGGCCAGCACUUGGCAUCCAUGAUCCUGGCAAGACUUGAGAAGUUGGGAAUUCAUUUUGAAGACUGCAGAGGACAGUCAUAUGACAAUGGGGCAAAUAUGAAAGGCAAAAAUAAAGGAGUUCAAGCCAGGCUCUUAGAAAAGAAUCCCAGAGCUCUGUUUGUGCCAUGUGGGGCACAUACAUUGAAUUUAGUUGUGUGUGAUGCUGCCAAGGGAUCUGUUGAUGCUAUGAGCUACUUUGGUGUCUUGCAAAAGCUGUACACAUUAUUUUCAGCCUCCACCCAGAGAUGGGCUAUACUGAAGAAACACGUGAGCAUCACCUUGAAGAUGUGGGCAGAGACAAGGUGGGAGAGCAAGGUUAAGAGCGUUGAGCCCUUGAGGUACCAGGGAGCUGCUGUGAGAGAUGCCUUAAUUGAGGUGAGAGACAACACCAAAGACUCUGCCGUAAAGGCUGAGGCCCAGUCCUUGUCUGAGGAGGUGGGGUCAUACCGCUUCAGCAUCUGCACAGUUGUUUGGUAUGACAUGCUAUCUGCAAUACAGCAUGUCAGCAAACUCAUGCAGUCUCCAAAUAUGGAUGUGGACCUAGCUGUGGGUCUUUUGAAGAAGACUGAGCAAGGUCUCCAGAACUACAGGACAAGUGGCUUUGUGACUGCACAGAUGGCAGCCAAAGACAUCUGUGAAGACAUGAAUGUGGAGGCUGUUUUGAAGCAAAAGAGGCUGAGGUCCACAAAGUGCCACUUUUCAUAUGAGUCACAUGAUGAGCCUUUCAGUGAUGCACUUAGGAAGUUGGAGGUUGGAUUUUUCAAUGUUGUUGUUGAUGCAGCCAUAUUAUCCACCAGGGAGAGGUUUUCAACAUUGGAAAAUGUCGGAAACAAAUUUGGUGUCUUGAAAAAUUUCCCAAGUCUUGCACAUGAGGAGUUGGCAGAGCAAUGUGAGGUACUAGGCACCACACUGCACUUUGAAGGGAAGUCUGAUUUUGAUACUAAAGAGCUUGUGCAGGAAAUCAAGAACUUCCCUGACCUGCCAUCAAAAACCAAGAGCCUUCUGGAGCUCAUCACUUUCAUACAUGACAAUGAUCUAUCAGAGAUCUACCCCAACUUUUGGACUGCUCUCUGGAUUGCACUCACUCUGCCAGUUAUUGUGGCUCAAGCAGAGAGGAGCUUUUCAAAAUUGAAGUUAAUUAAGUCAUAUCUUAGGUCAACAAUGUCACAGGAACGGCUCACUGGCCUUGCUGUCAUCAGUAUAAAUCAGUCAAUAGGGGAGCAUAUUUCAUAUGAUGAUAUUAUUGAUGAUUUUGCAUCCAGGAAGGCCAGAAAGACAGCCUGGAGUGAGGGAACUGAUGUCUUUCAUCAUGGUGACUUUGUGGCAGAUGACAUUAAGGGGGUGAGCUCUGUGCCCUCUUCUAAACUGGGCAUAGACUUCUAUACUCAAUGA